CACUGCUCACUACUUUCAGAUUUGCAGAAAACACCCGUCAAAGACUUUGUUACACAUCAAAGACCGUCAAAGGAUCUGGAAAUUCACAACCGAUGGCUGAAGACUGUCCAUUCACUGUGGAGGAUCUACGCUGUCCUGUGUGCUGUGAGGUCUUCGAUGUCCCCGUCACACUGAGUUGUAAGCACAGCUUCUGCAAAACCUGCAUUCAGACACACUGGGACAGUAGAGGAACACGGCAAUGUCCUCUGUGCCGCCGUACAGAGCGCUCAUCCAGGCCUCCAGUCAAUCAGGCUCUAAAGAUGGCCUUGGAUGUCUUUAAAAAGAAGCCGGAGCAGUUCAUGGUUAAAUCGGUGGAGCUUUGCUCAGUGCACAAUGAGGAACUGAAGCUUUUUUGUCGGAAAGAUGCAGAACUUAUCUGUGUUGUUUGUACGUCAUCAAGGGGACACAGAAAUCAUGAUUACUGCCCGAUAGCAGAGGCAACAUCGGAAAUAAUGAAAGAGCUCACAACUAGGUACAAUCCUUUGAAGAAACAUCUAACCGACUUUAAAAAAUUAAAGGUGAGCUUGGAGGAACUGGAAGCAUACAUACAGAAACAAGCAGCUGAAACUGCUGCAGAAGUAAAACAAGAGUAUGAAAAGUUAUAUACAAUGCUGAGGGAGGAGGAGGCAGCUCGACUCAUGGUGCUUCAAAAUGAGAGAGACAGUAAGACCGAGGUGGUGAGAGAGAAACUGGAGGAGGUCAAUAAGAGCAUUGAACAGCUCUCUGAUAUCAUCAACUACAUUGAACCCAUCAUAGUAGCAGAUGAUCAGACAUUUUUAAAGGAAUGUAAGGAGGCAAUAAGACGGACUAGCUCCACUGUACCUGAACCAGAAUAUCCAGCAAGGGCACUUAUAGAUGUUCCUCAGUACCUGGGAUCAUUAAAGCACGGGGUCUGGAAAAGAAUGGAAAGAGAUGUCAGCUACUGCUCUGUCAAUUUUGAUCCAAACACGGCACAUCCUAACUUGAUCAUCAGAGAUGAACUCGCCACCAUCAGCUAUGGGGAAAAGCAGCAGCUUCCAGAUAACCCUGAGCGCUUCACGGGCCGCAUGGCAGUACUCGCUGCUGGCGGCUUCAAUUCAGGAAAGCAGCGCUGGGACAUAGAGGUGGCACACAGCAAAGAGUGGUACAUUGGAGUGGCACGAGUGUCCAUAAAGAGGAAGACUGCAGUUUUCCUCAACCCGACAGAUGGUUUCUGGGUAAUUGCAAAUAAUGAGGAAUCCUAUUGGGCUCAGACCUCUCCCCGUACUCGACUGACUCUGAAAAAUAAACCACAGAUAAUCACAGUUGAACUGGACUAUGACAAAGGAAAGGUUUCUUUUUCUAACGCUGCAGAUGGUGCCAAUAUUUACUCCUUUAAAGAUAAGUUUACUGAGAGAAUCUUUCCUUAUUUUGCUAUUGGGAUAAAUAAGGGGAACACACUUAGAAUCUGUCCAGUUUAAUGUGUCAGUAAUGGGGUACAAAUAUGUACACACAGCAGCAGAACACGGUUGUCAGUCAUGUAUUUGAGUCCUUAAAGGUGAUAGAGAGGAUUUUUUCUAGUGAGUUUUUGAAAUGAGCGCAUGCGUAAGAACAGCCCCCCUCCUUCAUUUUGAGGGAACG